CUCGACACAUACAGGCUUAUAAGGAGCACUAUGUGUUGAACAAGUUACAAGUAUAGAAUCGGCAGCAAGAAGGUAAGACAACAAGCGAGAAUGUCCCGAAACAACGCUUUUUACUAUUUGCGCCGAAGAAAGGUGCGAUGGCCGUGUUUGCGAUGGUAACGAGGGGCGCAAAGUGUUCCGUCAUAAAUGCUUGUGGAGGUCACUUCUCAUCUUCUUCACAAGUUCAAUGCCUCUAUUCGAAGCUUCCCAUUAAGGAAUGAAGAAAACUGUCCUACAAUGCCUCAAGAUCAUCGGCGUUCUCUCUACCGACUUGACGAGUUGCGACUCGUUACAGCAAGAGUUCGUCAACAUCAAACGCGUCUAUUUCAAAAAGAUUCUUGUGUGCCAUCCGGACAAAGGCGGCGACGCAGAAGUCUUCCGAAAUGUGCAAACUUCCUUUGAAGUGCUGCGUGGAAUCUACGAAAAGGAGGCUAUCUCAUCUUUUAUCACAGAAUCGGCCUUUUCCGCCCAAAAUUUCGACGAUGUCUUUCGAGAUUUUGGUGAGAUGCCGACGCCAUCUUGGGAGUAUUAUCAUGAAGCUGCAGAAGAGAAUUUUCCCUUGUACCGCGUAGAGCGAGCUCGGUCCAAUCGUAGCCGCUGUACACAAACAACAAAACUUGGGAAGAAGUGCGGGGAUGAUAAAUUGAUCGCCAGUGGCUCGGUUCGUGUAGGUUCACUUGACGAGAAGACGGGAACAUACACACGAUGGAAUCACUUGGAAUGCUGGCGCGUUCCGAGCCGUAUAUGGCUUGGUAUUGCAAGUUCUCGUGAGGACGAAGAUUCGGUUCUAAAUACGAAAAAUGUGCUUCAGUCUCUUCUACAAAUGAAUGACGUUCUUCUGAGUGGAAUAAAUGAGAUGAAUGUUGAAGGGCAGAUGGAAUUCGUCACGCAUAUCAUGGAUCGGUCUAGUUGGGCUCGGAUUUCUCAGCGCAGGAACAUCAAUUCAUCUAAGGAGCUAGAUAUGUCUGUCGCCAAACAAACUCAACCGGCACGUCAGGCGGCCGUCUUUCCACGUGACGGGCCUUCAUCACGGGAAUCAUUCAUUGUUCCAAUCCCCGGGGAAAACGGCGUAGCCUCUGACGCUUUGAAAGGGAAACGGGUUGUUUUGACGGGCGUAUUUCCGGAAGUUGGCGGAGGCCGCGGCUUGACACUUGGCAAAGAGAAAGUCAAGAAGAUGGUAGAAUCUUUCGGUGGUCGUGUUACAGGUUCAGUGUCUGGAAAAACGGAUAUGGUACUAUUUACACUUUCUCCAUCGACGAACUUGAAGUUAAUUGUGGGCAAGGACCCUGGUUUUUCCAAAGUUUCUCAGGCCCGAGGUCGAAGCGUUACGUUGUUGAGUUUGAAAGAUCUGAAGGAAGGCAUCGAGAGCAACUGUCUCGAGUAUACACGGCACGAGGACCUCAAAAUCUCUUCCUUUUCUUCGGGUUACAAAAACAACUCCGCUGCGCUGUCGGCUUCGAGCAGCGACUUCGCCAUUGCUGCUGGUCAAGCUCCAGCGCUUCCGCAGGCAGGAUUGACGAGAUCUUCUAACUCAAAAAUGCCAAUUGCGAGUUCGGGGACCUAUGCAUUUCAUUCUGCAAUAAAAGCGCAACCAGUGUUGCCUGUGACGCUAUCGUCGACGUCGCCAUCAUCAUCCAACCUCCUAGAAUCUGCCAAAUUCGUAGUAGGCAGCCAUGAGGCGAGUCCUGUGCGUUCUGCUGUGCCGAAAGGAGGGCACGGCUUACUGGGUAGAGCCCGGUUUGUCGAAGCACCGACUAUGCUCCGAACGAAGCUACAGGAAGCUAUACGAACCGGCGCAACGAUGGACCAAGAGUCGAAGAUCCCGAUCAGUCAAGAAACACAAAGAACUCUAGAGAACACUCUUGCAGAAAUUGACGGAGUUGGAGAGCAGGGUCCACAGCCGCAACCAAACAUACCCUUGCCUGACCUUUGCGACUCAAUAAAAGGUCUGCCCUUCCGAAUAACACGAUAUCGUUAUAAAACGCUGAAGGCGGAAGUAAACUUACAAAAACAAAGGACGGCCAAACGUGCGCGAGAAGGUGGGUAAACGGACGCCUCGACAAGCAAUUUGUGG